UUACUGAAAGCAUUACUGAAGAAUCUUCAAGGUGUCACAUUGUAACAAUGAUUCAGCUGACAGCUACCCCUGCAAGCACACUCGUUGAUGACCCAGUGCACAUCCGAGCUACAGGCCUGCCUCCCUUUCAGAUAGUGAUUCUUCAGGCAACACUGGAAGAUGAAAAGGGGAACCUAUUUCAUUCUGAAGCCUACUAUAAGGCCAGUGAAGCUGGUGAGGUAGACCUGGAGUGUGCUCCUUCACUUGGAGGUGACUAUGUAGGAGUUCACCCCAUGGGUCUCUUCUCGUCCCUGAAACCUGAAAAAUUUUUAACUAAAUUGGUGAAAAGAGAUGUGAUGAAUAGCCCCUUCCUGGUCCAGAUAAAACUUUAUGAUUCAAAUUUACCACUAGUCCAGAUUGCCACCACUGCUCCAAAAGUCAGUGUGACUUUGGAGAGGUGGUACAUAGCACCUGGUGUCACACGGAUCCAAGUUCACGAAGGCCACCUUCGGGGAGUCCUCUUCCUCCCUCCUGGAGAGGGCCGCUUCCCAGGGGUAAUUGACUUGUUUGCUGAUAUUGGUGGACUGAUUGAAUACCGGGCCAGUCUCCUGGCCAGUCGUGGCUUUGCUGUCCUGGCCUUGGCCUACUGUGACUAUGAAGAUCUGCCUUUACGAACAGAAAAAAUAGAUUUAGAAUAUUUCGAGGAAGCUGUCAACUUUCUCCUGAGACAUCCGAAGGUUCUUGGCCCAGGCGUUGGGAUAGUUUCCAUAAGCAAAGGAGCAGAGAUUGGACUCUCCAUGGCUAUUCACCUAAAACAAGUCACAGCCACCGUGCUUAUUAAUGGGCCGAACUUUGUAUUUAGCGUUCCGCAGGUGUAUCGUGGUCAGAUAAGUCAUCCCUUGUACUUCUCUCCACAAUUAGUCUCCAUCAAUUCCUUGGGGUUAGCACAGUUCCAGUAUUGUUUUGAGGAAGCUAGAAGUAAAGCCAGUGAGACCUUUUUUCUCCCCAUUGAAAAGGCCCAGGGACAUUUCCUCUUCAUUGUGGGAGAAGAUGAUAAGAGUAUCAACAGCAAGGCAUACGCAGAGCAAGCCACAGAACGGUUGAGGAGAAAUGGGAAGAACAACUGGACCCUGCUAUCUUACCCUGGGGCAGGCCACAUGUUAGAGCCUCCCUAUUCCCCACUGUGCUGUGCCUCAAAGCUCUCCAAACUCCACCUGUUCAUGCACUGGGGAGGAGAGGUGACCCCACAUGCAGCUGCACAGGAGCAUUCUUGGAAGGAGAUCCAGAAGUUUCUCAGGAAGCACCUUGUUCCAGUAGUGACCAGUCAACUCUGAGAAGAGAAAAUAUUCCUGAGAAACAGAGAAGCAGGAGCG